AGUUCACCCAGUAGGACGUUUCCUGCAGACACAGAUUCAGUCAUGUCGAAGUCAAAGGAUAUGAGCAUCAUUCACACCCAGCAGAUGCAUGCUGCCAUGGCGGACACUUUGCUUGAGCACAUGUGUCUGCUGGACAUCGACUCUGAACCCGCUGUGUCUCGCAACACCGGCAUCAUCUGCACAAUCGGGCCUGCCUCCAGAUCUGUGGAAAUGGCCAAGGAAAUGAUCAAGGCCGGGAUGAACAUUGCAAGAAUGAACUUCUCUCAUGGCACCCACGAGUACCAUGCUGAAACCAUCAAGAAUGUCCGUGAGGCAGCGGAGAGCUUCGGCCCCGGAUCUGCUGACUACAGACCAGUGGCCAUCGCUCUGGACACCAAGGGACCAGAAAUCAGGACCGGACUUAUCAAGGGCAGUGGCACUGCUGAGGUUGAGCUCAAGAAGGGUGAAACCAUCAAGCUCACACUCGACGACCAUUUCAUGGAGAAUUGUGACGAGAAAGUUCUGUGGCUCGACUACAAGAACAUCACCAAGGUUGUGCAGAUUGGAAGCCACAUCUACAUUGACGACGGUCUGAUUUCCCUCCUGGUUAAAGAAGUUGGCAACGACUACCUGAUGUGUAACAUUGAGAAUGGUGGAUUGCUGGGCAGCAAGAAAGGCGUCAACCUGCCUGGAGCUGCCGUUGACCUGCCUGCUGUGUCUGAGAAAGACAUUCAGGAUCUGGAGUUCGGCGUGCAGCAGGGUGUCGACAUGGUUUUUGCCUCCUUCAUCCGCAAGGCUGCUGACGUUCAGGCUGUCAGGAAGGUGCUGGGCGAGAAGGGCAAGAACAUCAAGAUCAUCAGCAAGCUGGAGAACCACGAGGGUGUGCGCAGAUUCGAUGAGAUCCUGGAGGCUAGUGAUGGCAUCAUGGUUGCCCGUGGAGACCUGGGCAUUGAAAUCCCAACAGAGAAGGUCUUCAUCGCGCAGAAGAUGAUGACUGGCAGGUGCAUGAGGGUCGGCAAGCCCAUCACAUGUGCAACACAGAUGCUGGAGAGCAUGACCAAGAAACCCCGCCCUACUCGAGCCGAGGCCAGCGAUGUCGCCAACGCCGUGAUGGACGGCAAUGACUGCAUCAUGCUGAGUGGUGAGACCGCCAAGGGAGACUAUCCCCUGGAGGCCGUGCUCACACAGCACAGGAUUGCCCGUGAAGCCGAGGCCGCCAUGUACCACAGGCAAAUGUUCGAGGAGCUGCGUCGCACCACUCAUCUGACCCGUGACCCAACGGAGACCUCCGCUAUCGGUGCCGUCGAGGCUUCCUUCAAGUGCUGCGCCAGCGCCAUCAUCGUGCUCACCAAGACCGGCAGGUCUGCUCACAUGCUGUCGAGGUACAGGCCCCGUGCCCCCAUCAUCGCUGUGACUCGCUGUGCCCAGACCGCCCACCAGGCCCACCUGUACCGCGGUAUCUACCCUGUGCUCUACACCAAAACUGCCAACGAUGUCUGGGCCGAGGACGUUGACGUGCGUGUGAACUUUGCCCUGGAAGUUGGCAAGCACCGCAAAUUCUUCAAGUCUGGAGAUGUUGCCAUUGUUGUGACUGGCUGGCGCCCAGGUAGCGGUUACACCAACACGAUGAGAGUUGUGCUGGUGCCUUGA